CGUCGCAGUGCUCUUCCGUCGUCAUCCUCGUCUUCGUCGCCUGCCACGCCGUCUUCUCUUCCACCGUCAUCGCCGCCGCUGUCGUCGCGGAUAUGGGCCUUCCGUCAGAACAUCUUCCUUCAGGUCGUACGGGUUGUGUCGCGUGUCAUGCCGUCACGCGGUUCUGGACGCGGCAGGUCUGCCGGGAAACAGGCGGUCGAUGCGGCUCUCCAGGAGAAACGGGGCCGCCACGUGAUGAACAAGCAGAGGAAGAUCGUCCAAGGCGCCUCCCCGAUGGCGAGGAAGAGUGGGCGGCGGAGGGAACAGCUUCACACCUGGAAAGUGACUUCGAAGAAUCAGAGGAAGUGCCAUUGAAGCGGAAGUCGUCCAGAAGGCCAAGUGGAGCCCUCCGGAUCGAUGACGUCGGCGAGAGACGAUGCAUAGGAGGUCGCGGGUCCAUGGAAGAAGGCGUCGACGUCAACGCUCGUGCGGCGAUCAGGCGAGGCGGAGGAAGUGCCGCCACACAGCAUCACCGUGUGCCGUUGCCACACGUUGGCGUUGCCGCGCAAGGCAUUGGUCAAGGGAUCGCAAGCCGAUCUCCUGCGCAGGAGCUUCGUGGGGCCGCGACAGGGAUCGCUGCACACGCGGCGGAAGGGGCGAGGGCUGGCGUGGCCACAGCGGGUGGUGCUUCCCACGCUGGGGAAGGGGGAAGGUCAGUCGGGGCCGCAACUGCGGUGGCUUCGCAUGCGGCGGAAGGAGCGAGGUGGGGGGGAGGGAAUGUGGGCGAAGGGAGCAGGGCGGGCGCCGUCGCAGGAGUCGGGGAGGACGAUGAAGCUUUGGUGAACAGGGUGCGCCAGCGGAACACGCGAGAAGGGAUCGACGCGGCGUCCAAGCUGUGGGUGGACGACAUCCGCUUCUGGAACGAGACGGAGGGAAACGCCAUUGUGAAGUUAAUGCAGGAAGCGCGGUUGUAUCUUAUAGCGGUGGCGCGGGGAGUGCAGCCUCCAACGCUUCGUCGAAGCAUCGUCUUGCCUCACACCACCAUCCCGCAGCACAAAAUCGACGACGAAUCGGAGUUCAGUGUUGCGGAGGACAGGGCGCUGAAGGUGCAACAGGGUUACCACGCUGCGUACGGGUACGCGUUGAACCACGCGGCAAUUGACAUCGCUCGCACGAUCUGGAUGGGGGAAGAGUGGCGCGUAUGUGUGAGCCCCAUGGUGUUCCACAUCACGCUUGACAUGGACAUGAAGCUUCCAAUGUGGUUCGUCGGCGUGUACAUCAAAGACAUGCACGAGAACGAUGAGCUGGCGGCGUAUCAGGAGGCGAGCGUCCAGCGACUGGUGAGUGCAUUCACGAGCGCAGUGAGCACAGCGGAGGCCGUCGAUGGCGGUAGGGUGUCUCACGAAAGGUUGAAGAGCAUCGCCGAUGUGAUGAGGACCAUGCUCGCGGCGACCAUGUGGCUCAUGCGGAUGUGUGGGGACGAUCAUCGCGUGCAUUAUGACCCGUGGGUAUUCGUCCAACUGACGGCGAAACCCACACUAAUUGCAUCCAUGCAUCGCUCGUUCGACGCGCGUCGCCACAUCGUGCAAGCCGCAACAGCCAUCACGGACAAGUUGGCGAAACCCCCAAUGACAUUGGUGGCCCCUCCAUUGUACAUCCCUGACAGGGCGUCGAUCGGCGUUAAGUUCUCGCAAGACGCCACGUUGUCCUCCCCCAUCGAGGCUCAAAAGCUGGAUUGGUUGGGCACAGGGCCUCCAGAAGACGUUGAUGACGAAGUAGGCGACGACGAAAGGAGCGUGGGGGGUUCAUAACGCUGUCAAAGCGCAACGUCUGCAUGGACUGCCACAUCACAUGUCGCGGUUGGGCGGAAGAGGCACAUCUCUAAAAC